AUGUCAAGAUCUAAGAAUGGUACAAAACACCCGCAAAAACAUUGUAUCAAAUUUAUUUGCAAUAUUAUUUACAACUGUGGACUUGGCAAUUAUUGGUACGCAGAAAAAAAACGAACUACCCUCCGUAACAACAUUUAUAAAGCUUGGUGCUUAGCGACUAAUAUUUUCGGGGUUACUUUUAUCUUCAAUGAAAUAAUUGCAAAUACGAGAAAUGAUUUGACACUAAAAGAGCGAAAUGAUCUCAUGCAAUUUACUUUCGGCCAUCCAACAAUAGCAGCGAAGGUGAUAAUUCUCUAUCUCAAGAGGGAAGAUAUACGGGUGUUGUUGAAGAAAUUACUAGAAUAUAGAUCAGAUUGUUGUUUGGAGAUGAUUUACAAACAGUCGAUGAAACGGGCAGUCUUGUAUUGCACUGCUUUGAUCAGCGUCUUGAUGUUCACUAUUUUUAUGAUUGUUGUUGAUGCUGUUAAGGCGUAUUUAGUGGAAGGAAUACCUAUUAGGAUAGAGGUACCAUUCUAUCCUUCAGCAGCGGAUACUGGAUUUUUUGUAAAUGUAUUGAGAGUUUUAAUCGAAAUACAUUUUUGUUUCAUCAUAGUAAUAAUGACAUCGAUUGACUGUUUGAGUCUUUGUUGUCUUGUUUUUCUUGGAUUUAAGUUCAGACAAGUUCGUAUGUUCUUCGAGGGUCUCAGAAAGAUCAAUCAAACAACGGUGCAAGAAGAAGAGUUUAUGAAACGGCUUAUAUUUGGUAUCCAACUGCAUGAGGAUGCUUUGUGGUGUGCGCGGAACGUUCAGAAGGCCCUGGGAAAUAUUUACAGCGUGCAAAUCAUUGAGAGCAUUGCCUUGUUAGUGGUAUGCCUCGUGAGGCUUGUUGCUGCUGGUCACGGUAAUAUGACUUUGUUCUUGGCGAGUUUAGCAGCAACCAUCUGUUUGACCAUCCUCACUGGAUCGUAUAUGAUGGACUCUGCAGACGUAACUCAUGAGGCACUUUCAAUAUCCACGGCUAUAUUCCACUGCGGCUGGGAGAAUGUUCGACUAAGUGCUGGCUCCAGGAGUGUUCUGGUGAUCGCUAUCCAGUGCAGUCAAGUUCCAGUGAAGAUGACUGCCUUUGGAGUCAUCAACUUAUCUUACGCCAGCUUUAUAUCGGUGCUGAGAUUUUCGUACUCAUUCUUUGCUGUUAUGUAUUGA